AUGGCAUCAUGGGAAAGCAAAUACCUAGUUUCAAAUUGGAGUGAAAUACACCCCUUCUAUAUACUCGACUUGCUAGAAGAUCUUGGAGCUGCACCAGGUGGAGCUAUAGUGCUUAUUCAUGCCUGUGCUCAUAACCCAACAGGUGUUGAUCCAACUGUUGAACAGUGGGAGCAGAUCCGGCAGUUGAUAAGAUCCAAAGGGCUAUUGCCUUUCUUUGACAGUGCUUAUCAGGGAUUUGCAAGUGGUAGUUUAGAUGCAGAUGCACAACCUGUCCGUAUGUUUGAUGCAGAUGCACAACCUGUCCGCAUGUUUGAUGCAGAUGGUGGGGAAUGCUUCAUAGCUCAAAGUUACGCUAAAAACAUGGGACUUUAUGGGGAGCGUAUUGGUGCUCUCAACAUUGUCUGUAAGGCAGCUGAUGUUGCAAGCAGAGUUGAGAGCCAGUUGAAGCUUGUGAUUAGGCCUAUGUAUUCCAAUCCACCACUUCAUGGUGCCUCAACUGCAUCCACUAUCCUGAAAAAUAGUGAUAUGUAUAAUGAGUGGAGGGUUGAAUUGAAAGCAAUGGCAGACAGAAUUAUUAGCAUGUGGAAACAACUAUUUGAUGCUUUAACAGCUAAAGGUUUUGCUUGAUCCUUUCUUUCAAUG